AAAAAAGCCUAAUUUUCUAACAAAGUGGCCAAACUGCUAAUGAACGUAGAGAAAAGCGUUUACCUAUCUUCUGCAUUAACAUGGACGUAAAUCUGUCAUUUUGAUAAUUAUAUAGUUAAGGUUAUAAGCAACGAAUUAUUGCAAUAUUAUUUAAGUUUUAUCAAGCAUGUUUAUUUAAUGAAGCUUGAUAAUAAUUAUCACUGAACGCAUGAAUAAAAUUUUGCAAUGCAAAGGCUUAAUCUUGGGAUUCUAAAUUGGUGACGUUAUGGAGCUAAAAGUAUGGGUAGAAGGAAUACAGCGUAUUGUAUGUGGUGUUACAGAAACCACUACAUGUCAGGAUGUAGUAUAUGCUCUUGCCCAUGCAACGGGCCAAACAGGUAGAUUUACUUUAAUAGAAAGGUGGAGAACUAACGAGCGUCUUUUAGCUCCAUAUGAGAAUCCUUUAAAGAUUCUGAUGAAAUGGGGAGAAUAUUCUUCAGAAGUCCAGUUGAUAUUAAGACGUUCUACCCCAGAAAAUAAUAAGGCUUCUAGUUCAUUAGGAACUCGUUUAAACCAUGGUACACGAUCAAAUGGUGUGAUGAGUUCUGCCUCAGAACAUAAUAGUGCACAAGAUGAUGCUAAAAAUACCACAACCCCAAAUUCCGAAUUUGAUGACUUACAAGGAUGUCUUGAUAGAAAUCGUGACAUCAGAAAAUCAUUAACGUUUGGAGGAUUACAUGGACAUGUUAUGGAAAAUAAUACAGAAAUUCCGAUGGAAAAUGUUGCCAUAGUUCAACCUACGUUGCAUUUAAAAAAUAAGGAAUUGAAUAUAAGAAAAAAUAUGCAAAAACCAGCUCAAUCUCCUACCCGUGCUAGUAGCAGUGAAAGUAACACACAUUUAUCACAAAAGAAAGUGCGUGAAGUUCCCCCAUAUAGGGAUCCUCCAGGUCCAGCUUCACCACCUUUAAGAACUUUACCCCCAUACAGAGAUCCUCCACCACCUAAUUUAAAUAGUCCUGGAAGAUCACAGUUUCAAUCUAGUACAAAUAUUGGAAGUCCUCAUGUUCAUAAAGAAGAUCAACCAUCUUCCAGUAAUUCUGUCAAACUAAAGAGAAAUCUUAUUCAGGAAUUUCAAGAAACAAAAGGACAAGCUCAAUCUGUAAACCAAUUAUCUGGUCAAACUCAAAAUAUGGUUACAGUUGCUUACACUCAACGCUAUGUUGAACUUAUUAGACUAGUCAAUAAACAACGUGAUACUAUUAAUGCACAGCAAGCGGAUCUUACUAAAUUUGAUGCUGAAAUAUUGUAUUGGGAAACUAAAAAUAGAGAACAAAUGCAUCAGAUGGAUUUCAUUUCUCAGGAAGUAAAUCGCAUGGAAACUACAGGACGUCUUAUUGAAGAACAGUUAAAAGAACUAGCACAUGUCGAAGAAGAAAGUGAAAUAGUUAGACAACAAGAAAAGACAUUAAAAUCAGAAAUUACUUUACUGAGAUCAAAACUUGCGAAUUGUGAAACAGAAUUACUUCAGUGCAAAAAUAAAAUUAGAUUAGUUAUGGAAGAACUUGCUAUAGAACAACAUAAUAUAAGUCGUGAAACAGAUGAAAGACAAAUAAUGGAACGUAAAAUCAUUACUGAAGUCGAACAUCUUCAAAAUGAAGUAGAACAAGCUAAACGUUCUGCUGAACUAGCUUCCCAAUGUGCGGAAACAUUAAAAUUGGAAGUAGUAAGUUUAGAGUCAGCAAUUGUUGAGAAAAAAUUACAAGUAGAACGAUUAGUAGCGGAUAUGAAAGAAGCUAAUUUACAAAGUCUUGCUGUUGCUUGUCAAGAUGAACAAGUCAAAUCAUUAUUUGAAGGUACCCAUAAACCUGGUAGUACGCGUAAAAUGAUAGGUUCACCAAGACAAUUGGAGACUGCGGUACCUACGAGUAAAAAUCCACAUGGUGUUUGGGUAUAAACAUAUAUUAUUCGAUAUACUUUAAGAUAUCGAACGUAAUAUUUUUUAUUUUUAAUACAGUAAACAAUUAAAUAUUUCAUGUAGGGUUACAUGUGCAGUUUGCACCUCUAGUAAAAUCAAUGUAAGUGAACAAGAUAUUUUACUUUCGUACUGUUUAUGUAUACACUAAUUAUUUUUAUCUACUGGCCAUAUAAUUUUGAACAAGCUUAAGUAAUAAGUAUAAGUCAUAUUAAUAGUCUUAAACAUUAUUUGUAUAUAUCCAAGACAAAAGAAAAAAUAUUGGACAAUACAUUUAUCCAAAGUGUCACAAUUAUAAAUCAUGCGACCUGCUUGCAUGAUAUAAUUUAAGUAAAUGUACUUAUAAAUUGUUGCAAAUUUCAUGGAAUUAUUACUUGAGAUAAGAUUAUAUAUUUUCUAUAAUCAAAAUGAUUCUGUGAAUUAAUAGCAUUUACAUAUUGGUGCACUAUACAAUAUUAAUUUAAUUUGCACUUAAAAUAUUAAUGUAGUACACAUAUGUUGUGUAUCUUGUACAUAUCCUUGAAAGCAUGUGAUAAUGAAAUCUGAAAUAUUCUACCCUAUCUUCUGUUGAAGUAAGCUAAUUUACUUCAACUUUAUUUCUAAACAUUUAAGAAUCUACUAUUCAAAUCUCAUUUCAAAAUUGAGUUCAUUCUAUUUUAUCAACCAAACUUAACUCUAUAUAAAAAAUCUGAUUGUGUUUGAUUGUAUGUGAUUCUAGUUUUAAAUGAAAAAUUCACUUCAUUUUACAUGAUAACAGUCUUCGUUGAUUUAUAUGUGCAUAUAAAUUAUAUUAUUAGUGCAUAUCAUAGCAUCUUCACACUGCCAUUAUUAGUAAUGAUCUUUUAAAUAUGAUACUAUGAUUAAGUUUACUUCGUAUGUAAUUUCACUUUUACAAAAUCUACAUACUCUUGGAGUAUGUAAUUAUUUCAUUGUCGAUAAUACUUAUCUGUUUUUUACAAUGUGUCUACCAAAGUGUGUUAAUUUUU